AUGACGCAGAGUAAUUGGGAAGCAGAUAAGAUGCUUGAUGUCUAUAUACACGAUUACUUAUUGAAGAGGAAGUUGCACAACUCAGCGAAAGCUUUCAUGACAGAAGGGAAGGUUGCCACAGACCCUGUUGCCAUUGAUGCACCGGGAGGAUUUCUGUUUGAAUGGUGGUCUGUCUUUUGGGAUAUUUUUAUUGCUAGGACAAAUGAGAAACAUUCAGAGGCAGCUGCAGCUUACAUAGAGACUCAACAACUGAAAGCUAGGGAACACCAACAGCAAAUGCAAAUGCAGCAGCUGCAGCUCAUGCAACAGCGCAAUGCCCAGUUGCAGAGAAGAGAUCCGAAUCAGCCCCCACUUGGUGGCCCUAUGAAUGCUAUGAACUCUGAAGGGAUUAUGGGACAGCCAUCUGCCAGUGUCUUGGCUAUGAAAUUAUAUGAAGAACGCAUGAAGCACCCUCAUUCCAUGGACUCUGAUGCAUCUCCAGGUAUUAUUGAUGCUAACAGAAUGGCCAUGAUCAAAUCAGCCGCAAAUCAUCCAGGCCAGUUGGUACAAGGAAAUUCUGGGGGCAUGUCAACGUUGCAGCACAUGCAAGGAAGGCCUCAACUGACUACUGACAUAAAAUCUGAAGUGGGCAUGGGUGCCACUCAGAAAUCUUUGCCCAUGGAUCCAGCAUCAAUUUAUGGGCAAGCCAUUCUCCAGCCGAAAACUGGAUUGGGUGGUGCAGGAUUAAAUCAAGGGGUGACAGGGCUUCCACUUAAGGGCUGGCCUUUAACUGGGAUCGAUCAGUUGCGACCAAGUUUGGGGUUACAAGUUCAGAAGCCUAAUAUGCAGAGCCAAAACCAGUUCCUUCUGGCAUCCCAACAGCAACAAGCCCUUGCCCAGGCUCAGGCACAAGGCAACCUUGCAGGCUCCCCUAAUUACGGGUUUGGGGGGUUACCAAGGGGAGGAAGCUUUAAUUCGAAGGAUGGGCAACCGCCUAGAAAUGAUGGAUCAAUAUGUUCACCCAUACAGUCAAAUUCACCUAAGAUGAAGAUGACCCAGAUGCAGCAAUCUUCCUCUCAACAACAGGAUCAGCUGCAGCAGCAGCAGCAGCAGCCACAACAGCAACAGCAAUUACAACAGAAUAACAGGAAAAGGAAACAACAUUCUUCAUCUGGACCUGCCAACAGCACAGGCACUGGAAAUACUGUGGGUCCAUCCCCCAGUUCUCCUCCUUCAACCCAUACUCCUGGUGAUGGAAUGAAUUCUAGCAAUCUGCAGCAUGUCAGUAGUGUGUCAAAAUCUUUCAUGUAUGGUGCAGAAGGAGGUGGUAUUGCAUCGUCUGCAAAUCAGCUGGACGAUUUAGAGAAUUUUGGAGAUGUUGGUUCCCUGGAAGAUAAUGUAGAAUCUUUCUUAACACAUGAUGGUGGAGAUGGAAAUAUUUAUGGCACAUUGAAGACUCUUACUGAGCAAAAAACUGAGUCUUCUAAAGGUAAUGGUUUUUCCUUUGGUGAAGUUGGUUGUAUACGAACAAGAAAUAAAGUGCUCUGCUGUCACUUCUCGUCUGAUGGGAAAUUGUUGGCUAGUGCUGGACACGAUAAGAAGGCUGUACUCUGGAACAUGGAUACCUUGCAAACAGAGACCACUCCUGAAGAACACCAGUAUGUGAUUACAGAUGUCAGGUUCAGACCUAACUCGACUCAUCUUGCAACAGCUUCAUUUGACCAGUCAGUGAGACUAUGGGAUGCAGCAAAUCCUGGUUAUUGUUUGCAUGCAUACACGGGACACCCUUCACACAUUAUGUCGUUGGAUUUCAAUCCCAAGAAGAACGAUCUGUUCUGUUUUUGUGAUAGUAGCAAUGAAAUUCGUUACUGGAACAUUAAUCCGUUUUCUUGUGCUCGGGUUUCCAAGCAAGGAGGCAGUGCACAAGUUAGAUUUCAACCAGUUACUGGUCAGCUACUUGCAGCAGCUUCAGAAAAAGUAGUGACGAUCUAUGAUGUCGAAAAUGACAGGCAAACCCAUUCCUUCCAGGGACAUUCUAGUGUGGUUAAUUACUUGUGCUGGGAUCUUAAUGGUGAUUAUUUAGCAUCUGUAAGUGAAGAUUCUGUUAAAGUCUGGUCUCUAGCCUCAGGGGAGUGCAUCCACGAGCUCAGCUCCAAUGGGAGCCAGUUCCAUUCUUGUGUUUUCCAUCCUAACUAUUCUGCCCUUUUGGUGAUUGGAGGACUGCGGUCCUUGGAGCUGUGGAAUAUGGUUGAGAAUAAAAGCAUGACUGUACCAGCUCACGAGAACAUCAUUGCUGCUUUGGCGCAGUCACCUGUAACAGGAAUGGUUGCUUCUGCAAGUCAUGACAGCUCUGUUAAGUUGUGGAAAUAA